AUGAGGAUACUAAGAUACUUACUGAACGGGAUAAGCCGUCGCAAAACUAUCUGUCCAGAUUCCUUGCACCAAACGUCAUUUAAGCGAUGUCUGAACGCCUUGGACCUAUCGGGAAUAGGUGUGAGUUUCGGCGCAGGGUUGGGUGUGUACGUCGUGGUGCCUCACAUAGCACGGGAUGAUGCCGGACCCGCCACGGCCCUGUCCUUCAUCAUUGCUGGAGUGACAGCCUUGCUUUGUGGUUUGUGCUAUGCUGAGUGUGCUACUCGCAUCCCACGGGCCGGUUCCGUUUACGUCUACACCUACACGGUAUUCGGCGAAUUGGCCGCGUUUGUGGCUGGGUGGACAAUGGUGCUGGAAUACAUACUAGUUGGAGCAGUUUCCGGGAAGGCGUGGGGACAGUAUUUGGAUUACCUAUUUGAUGGCCAAAUUGGAAAAGCAUUGUCCAAGAAGCUCUUCCUACAGUUGGGACCGCAUUUAGAGGACCACUUGGAUUUACCCGCCUUCUCUGUUAUAAUAGCCGUAGUGUUCAUCUCGGCUCUGUUAGCAAAGGUGAGUUACUUACUCAGCUGUGUGUUCAUCCUGACAAUAGUAAGUGUAUUGAUCAUCACCGCGAUUGUCUGCGUUGGCUUCUACCAUGUGGACAGCCAGAACUGGAAGGAGCCACCGGGAUUCUUCGCCAACGGAAUGCUUGGUGUACUCCAGGGGUCGGCUGCCUGUCUCGUGUCUUUUAUUGGAAUUGAUGCUAUCGCUAAUCUGGCAGAGGACACUAGAGUGCCGUGUAAAAUGAUCCCGAAGGCGGUCUCCACAGCGUUCCUCUGUCUCUUCGUGGUCUUCUUUGGAUUGUCCCUGGCCUUAACCCUGGUCUACUGCUGGAAAAAUCUGCCAUCGACUGUGGCCAUCGCCAGGUCGUAUUCUGCUCGAGGAAUCACAGGCUCAAACUACGUUAUCGGAGUUGGCGGUUUGCUAGCUCUUUUGGCUUCCCUGCUCUGUUCAAUGUUCUGUCUUCCCAGGGCAAUCUACGCAAUGGCCAACGACCGUCUUUUGGUGAAGUUCUUGUCAUUUGUAAGCGAGGUUACUCAGGCACCUAUAGUUGCCUCCUGUAUUGGCGGCACCAUCACCGCUCUCUUCGCAACCCUCGUCUGCUUGGAAACCUUAAUACAUAUGCUUUCCAUUGGGACGUUAUUUGCCUUCGGUUUGACAGCUGCCUGUACCCUUUUCCUUCGAUACGACCAACAAAUUGUAGGUUUACAUAAAGAGUACGAAGAUUUGUACGACAUUCUCCAAUCGACCACUUUGGCUGGAACUGACAACCCUGAAGUACCUCAAGCUGGGGUUAAGCGAGGCCAAUUACAAAUGCCCUCCACAAUUCGGCCUCGCCCGCCCGACGGCGAGGACACGGUAGAUUUAAGCUCAGAACAAACGUCCGCAACGCGCUGGCCAAUUCGGAAGUCGGCAUCUGCUGACACUGUGUCUUCCCGCCUAGAUUCCACCAGUUAUGUUUGCACUCCGGGCUCGCAUCUUGACAUGCAAAUAAAUCAGAUUGACAUUCUGCCAGACAAGGAUAUGACUAACGAUUCAGCGAGGCCAAUAUUAAAGGACACAAGAACCAAACGUAAAAUGUACGUCAUGGUUCAGAGUUCAAGCUUGUCCAGCAUCGUUACAGCUGUCAGUGAAUAUACAAUUUCUCCUUCGGUGGACUCAUUGCGUGUCGUCAAAACCGCGACUCUGGUGCUUGUGUUUGCCUCCUUGUCAAUGGCAAUUUUAACAAUUUGUGGGAAUACGUAUAUCGCCAAGGCUGACUGGUGGGCGAUAUUUUUCUUGUCUGUUUUCAUCGUUUCCAUAUCGGGGGCAAUAUACUGCAUAGCCAGACAGCCGAGGAACCACACAAAGCUUCUGUACACAACACCCUAUGUGCCAUUUGCCCCUGUGGCUGGACUGUUCCUAACAGUCACACUGGCUGUAGCCUUGCCGCCUUUGGCAUGGAUUCGCUUUGUUAUAUGGAUUGGCAUUGGUGUUAUCAUAUACUUUGGCUACGGAAUCCGACAUAGCAAAGAGCAGGCCGCUGAUGAAGAAGACGUGGUGCUGUAUGACGUCACGGAGAGAAGAUUGUCGUCAGAUCCGGCGAUGACGUAGUGAAUAUUCGCUACAUAUUUUUCCGCAAACACAACUUUUACCGUGUGACACUUUACUGCUAAAGAGAAGAUGCUUCACAGAUAUGACUGGAAAAUGAAUGCUCAAUGAUUGUGUAAUUGAACGCAUGGGGAUUUUUGUUUUUCUCUUUAUUCAAUACAUAAUUGGUAUUGAUAAAUUGGCUUUCAGCGAA